AACACAAAUUCCGCACCCCAAGUUCUAAACCAAAAAAAAAACUUCUGCCAUCACCAAUAGCUGCUCUCUCUCUCUCUCUCUAUAAAAUAAGUGCACGCACGACAAUCCCAAGAACGAAAGCACUAAAAGUCUAAAACAACAACAUUAUAAAAACCAAAAAGAAGAAAAGAAAAGAAAAGAAAAGAAAAACAUGACCCCACAGAACCCCAUAAAAAGGGCCCUUUGAAGUAACUUCCUUCUCUUGCAAAGCCACAAGUUUUUAUUUAAAGAAGAAAACCAAUGUUAUGAUUCUAAAGUUUCAAUUUUUCCACCUGGGGUUUGCCUAAACUUGCAAAUAAUCAUUCAAUUAUGGGUGUUUACGAGGCUGGUGGGAAUGGCUCCAAUGGAACAACAACAGCAACAACUUGUAACUGUUGUGACAUGAGCUUGAGGUGUUGGUGUAGAUGGAAAUGGGGGAAUCAUCAACAGCAGCAGCAGCCGCAACAAAAUCAUCACAAUUUGUUGCACCAAAGAUUGGUUUCUCUUGUAUUUUCCUCCGGUUUUAUGUUCUUUUUGGGGUGUUUGGUCUUGUAUGGAUCUAUUGGUAUGUUUUAUGGUUGGCUCGUGUUUAGUAAACCUUAUUCACGUAGCUCAAAUGUUGGUGUUGGGUUAAACUCACUUGGUUGUCAAGAAGACAACGAGGGUUCUUGGUCUAUUGGUGUUUUUUACGGUGAUUCUCCUUUCUCUCUCAAACCAAUUGAAGCUAUGAAUGAAUGGAGAGAUGAGGGUGUGGCAUGGCCGGUUGCUAACCCUGUUGUCACUUGUGCUUCGCUUUCUGAUGCUAAUUUCCCCAGUAAUUUUGUUGCCGAUCCUUUUCUUUAUGUUCAGGGGGAUACGCUUUUCCUAUUCUAUGAAACAAAGAAUUCAAUUACCAUGCAAGGAGAUAUUGCAGUUGCAAAGAGUACGGACAAGGGAGCGACAUGGCAACAAUUGGGCAUUGCGUUGGAUGAGGACUGGCAUCUAUCUUAUCCCUAUGUGUUCAACUACCUUGGUCAAAUAUAUAUGAUGCCUGAGAGCAGCCAGAAAGGGGAACUUCGCCUUUAUCGAGCACUUAAUUUUCCAUUGCAGUGGACACUGGAGAAGGUUCUUAUAAAAAAGCCCCUAGUCGAUUCUUUUAUCAUUAAUCAUGCUGGAAUAUAUUGGCUUUUUGGUUCAGAUCACAGUGGUUUUGGAACCAGGAAGAAUGGGCAGCUGGAAAUUUGGUAUAGUAGCUCACCACUUGGUCCUUGGAAACCACACAAGAAGAACCCUAUUUAUAAUGUUGACAAGAGUGUGGGAGCUAGAAAUGGAGGCAGACCAUUUGUGUAUGAUGGAAACCUUUAUCGUGUUGGUCAAGACUGUGGUGAAACAUAUGGGCGACGAGUUCGUAUCUUCAAGGUUGAAGUUCUUACCAAGGAUGAUUACAAAGAAGUUGAAGUUCCCCUGGGAUUUGAAGAGCCCAAUAAGGGACGCAAUGCUUGGAAUGGUGCACGCUAUCAUCAUCUAGACGUGCAGCAUCUAAGUUCUGGUAAAUGGAUAGCUGUCAUGGAUGGAGAUCGUGUGCCUUCAGGAGAUCCUGUCCAUCGCUUUAUUCUUGGCUCGGCUUCACUUGCAGCUGUCACUGUUGUUGCUGUAGUAUUGGGUGUGCUACUUGGAGCGGUUAAGUGCAUUAUUCCUCUCAGCUGGUGUGCUCACUACUCAGGGAAGAGAAAUAAUGCUCUCUUGGGUCGGGAAAGGUCAAAUUUGUUUUCUUCAAAGGUGAGACGGUAUUGCAGCCGACUGAACAGAGUUCCCUUGUCUGUUCGAGGAAAAAUAAAACCUAAUGCUUGGGCUGGAAAAUUGGUGUUAGCUGUAACUAUUGUGGUUGGAGUUGCAUUAACGUGCACAGGUGUUAAAUAUUUCUAUGGAGGCAAUGAUGCUGAAGAAGCUUAUCCAUUAAAUGGUCACUACUCUCAGUUCACUUUAUUGACGAUGACCUAUGAUGCGCGGCUCUGGAAUUUGAAAAUGUAUGUGAAACAUUAUUCAAGGUGUUCUUCAGUUAAAGAGAUUGUUGUGGUUUGGAACAAGGGCAGACCUCCCAGAUCAAGUGAUCUAGACUCAGCAGUGCCUGUUCGGAUCAGAGUAGAAGACCAAAACUCACUGAACAAUCGGUUCAAGAGAGAUCCAAUGCUUAAAACCCGAGCUGUUCUUGAGCUUGAUGAUGAUAUCAUGAUGACUUGUGAUGAUAUUGAACGGGGAUUCAAUGUAUGGCGUCAACACCCGGAUCGAAUUGUUGGCUUCUAUCCUCGACUUAUUAGUGGUAGUCCAUUGAAGUAUAGGGGUGAGAAGUAUGCCCGACAUCAUAAAGGUUAUAACAUGAUUCUUACGGGGGCAGCUUUCAUGGACCAUACAGUAGCUUUUGAGAGGUACUGGAGCAAAGAAGCUAAGGCAGGAAGGGAACUAGUAGAUAGAUACUUUAACUGUGAGGAUGUGCUUUUGAAUUACUUGUAUGCAAAUGCAAGCUCCUCCCAGACUGUUGAGUAUGUGAGACCAGCAUGGGCAAUAGACACAUCGAAAUUCUCUGGGGUUGCAAUUAGCAGGAAUACAAAUGUGCAUUACAAGAUACGAAGUAAUUGUCUCCUGAAAUUUUCAGAGAUCUAUGGAAGUAUAGCUGGCCGAAAGUGGGAAUUUGAUGGGCGUAAGGAUGGUUGGGAUUUAUAGUGAUACCUAAACUUGAUAGCAGCUCGCUUGCAUUUUCUUUAAUCUCUGUUCAUCAUCUCUUGCUCUUACAGUAAAUUCUUGUCGUCGCAAUCUCUAGGUCUCACCCCUCCUGUGAAGAUUUUUCUGUUGGGGAACUUUUAGCUUCGAUAUCUUUGUUUGGCAGGAUGUAAAUUAGUUUAUCGUGUUAUUACCUUUUCAUCAGAGUUGUUUUGGGAUUUGUACAUUAGCGUCAUCCAGUUUUUUCCUCCUUGCGUUCUUAAUGAAAGUUAUCAGAUAUAUACUUCUUGGCAAA